GUAAACCGGAAGUGACACACAAAAGCAAAAAAAAUGGAAACACAAACACAGAGUGUUGAUGACAUGCUUGUUUGUCUAAUGUCAAUGGGAUUCACUUUUGAAGACGGCCAGGCAGCGGUUCAGAACGGACACCUGUCAGUGGAGAGAGCGGUGGAGUGGAUCCUGGCUGGAAAACCUGGUCAGACAGUAUCAAAUUCAGGGCCAAGACUUCAGUUACGCCAAUCGUCAGAACGCCCAACCAAUCCCUUUGUUAACCCAGCAGUUCCCAGACAAACAAGUCAACCUUCCACAUCAACAAAUCAAACUGCAGUAACAGACCAAUCAAAAUCCUCCAAUCAAAACUCUGAGGAAAGCAGCCAAUCAAAGCCUGUCAAAGCACACCCAGAAUCAGAAGACAACCAAUCAGAGACAGUCAUUAGUAGGUUACAUUUGAGUGAUGACCAGAAGAGAGUGAGAGCUGAUUUUGAAGCCAAGCAAAGAAAAGAGGCCAGAGAGGAUGCUUGGAAGGAAAAACAGAGGCGUAAAAGAGAUCAUGAGAGAGUGUUAAAGGAGAUAGCAGAGGAUAGAGAGAAGAAGAAAAUGACCAGCCUCCACAGUAAGACUGAGGCAGCUAAAACAGGCACAAAGGAGGCACCCCCAGCCCCCUCCCCCUCCAAACCCGUGCCUGACAGGUGUCAGCUACAGUUACGUUUGUUAGCGGGGGAUGUGGUCAAACAAACCUACCCUGCUUCAGAAUCCUUUCAGUCAGUGUGGAAGUUUGUCACCGAGAAAUGUGGCUCCUCAGAAAUUGUCUUAAUUCAGCCAUUUCCUCACCGGGAAUUCUCUGGUGCUGACGUCCAGUCCUCCUUACAAGAUCUCCAGCUGACCCCCUCAGCCUCCCUAAUGGUGAAGAGGAAAGACACCCAGAAACCUAACCCAGAACAUACAGAGAGUAAGCAGAUAGCUACAGAUGAAGCAUCAAGUUUGUCAGGUCAAGGUCAAAGUUCAGCAGGUCAAGGUAAUCUAAGGUUCCAGGCACCGUGGAUCAUUAACCAGCAAGCUGGGGCUGAGGAGGAAAGGCAAGAUGAGGAAGAGGAAAUGGAGGAAAAUGAGGAAGCUGAUCAGGAUGAGGUUGAGGAUUAUCCUGUCCACCAUGGAAUGCCCCCGGGGUUCCCUGCAGGAUUUGGGGGACUGGGUGGUGGGGGGCCACUAGGUGGUGCAGGGCUAGGUGGUUUACCAAUACUGCAAGGAAUGGGCCUAGGUGGAGGUGGAGGCAAUCAAGCAGCAUUUGAAGGGGUAGGACAGAGAUUGGUUCCCGUGGGAUAUCCCGGGGCAGAGGAGGAGCACCACAACAUCCCAGCAGCUCGUCUAGCGGCGGAGAAAGCCAGGGAAAGAUAUGCAAAUCCACCCCGAGUAGCUCCGAAUCAGCCCGAGGUUUCCAUGCCCUCAGCCUUGACCUACGAUGUCAGUCACUUGACACAUUUAUGCAUGAACCAUAUCGCUCAACGCUUGACCCAGCAUGACCCCCGUCACCCCCUGUUGUCAUUAUCAGGCGUGUCAGAAGAGGUCGCUCAGAAUAUCCUAUCUUACCUGCUGAAGGAGAAACUGCUAAAGCCCAGAGUCCUCAAUGCUUUUAUUCCAUGCUUUUUGAGAAAGAUGAUCCUAGAUUGUUAUCCCUAUGCAACCAACGAACUGCUUCAUGCUGUCAGAUAUCACUGCCAAUUACAGACACUUAGUUUAAAAUCGUGUCCAUUGAUUACGGACGCGGGACUGCUAGAACUCAACACUUUAAAAAAACUGAAGCACUUGAACCUCAGUGGAUGUAGACAGCUCACAGAUAAAUGUUUAGAAAUAAUUAAAGAUAUGCCUUGCCUACUCUCCCUUAACUUGGACGGUACAGGGGUCACUGAGCCGGGUUUAACAGGAAUCAUCCCUAGUCUUCCUACCUGUCUACAGGCCCUCAACCUUAACAGGACCAGCGUCACAGAAAAAAUACUGCCUCAUUUAAAAGAAUUGGAAAAUUUAAAAGUUUUGUCCCUAGAACAUACCAAGGUCUGUGGACUGUCUGGUGUAGAUAAGCUACUGAAGCUAGAGGCUCUAGAUGUGUCACAGACAGACAUCGUGACGGAAUCCUUACUGUGUCUGGGAGACAGUAUCACGUGUCUGGGGAUCUCUAACACGGAGAGAGUAAAUGGGGACCAGGCUCUACAGUACAUACAGAGGUUGGCCCUAAGGAGUUUAAGUUUACCUAGCCGAUUAACCACAACAGAUAUUGGUCUACAGUUUAUCAGUGAGAUGCCCUUAACAGAGUUGGACCUUACAAACUAUAUCAAUGUGGGCGACGAAGGAAUGGUUCACGUGGGCAAGAUUAAAACAUUGAAGAAACUCCUCCUCAGUAAUACUAAAGUAACUGACCUGGGGAUGGUCCAUUUAAAAAAUUUGAAAGAACUACAGAUAUUAUACUUGGACAGAACAUUAGUUUCAGAUGUGUGUUCAGAAGUUGUGAAGUGCUUCCAAGGACUCGUAGAACUAAGUCUGGCAAGCACAAGCAUAACCAGCAGAUUUCUGUGUAAUGGUGCUCUGGGUGAAUGUCAGGAUUUGAGUAAACUUAACCUUUGUAGAACAUCUGUGUCAAAUAAAGGUGUUUCCUGCUUAAAAUCUGAGACCCUUUCCUUAAUCAAUUUAGAUGGGACACGAGUGAAACCCAGCAUCGUAGAAAUUCUCCAUCUUCAGUGUCCGAAUAUCAAAAGAGUGACAGUCGCAAAUCUUAAUCCCGCUAAUUCUGAUGAGGAAGAUUAAAAGCACAUCAGUUGUGAAAGACAUUUAUAGGAUUUUGAAAUUUUAAAGGAUUAGAUACACAUAACACACAUAAGUAUUAAUGGCUGGAAAGACUUUUGCAGUGACCAAAAUGAUGAAUAUAUAUUUAAAAUUAUUUCACAUGAAUAGAAAAUAUAAAAAAAUAAAAAUGAUAUUUUAAGAUUUUCAAAUAAUCUUUAAAAUGUCCCUUUAUUCUGUAUUAAUGUGUAUCUUAAAGCAUGAUAAGAUGCAUUCUUUUGCAUAGAAAAUGCACUUUUAAAGCUCUUCAACGAAU